AAUGCCUAUCUAUAUAAUAUAAGUAAUUUUCUUUUGCAGCGGUAUAUAAUCAUAUCUUUGUGUUAGAAAGAUAACAAAAUUAAUGGGGCUGCUGAAGAACAAAACAGGACAUUUCCUCUUUUGUUGCAUGCUUUUACAUGUUCUUGUUGUUGGAUGUGAGAGUCUAGAAGCGCCACCACAGAAGAAAAUUUGCACAUAUGUCAUCACAAUACAAACCACAUGCACAUGGGGAGCUGAAACCUCAAAUCGUGUGAGUCUAAGGUUUGGAGACACAAACUCAAGUGAAAUAUUGGUUAGACACCUAAAUUCCAAGCAUCUAAGACAAGUUGAUCCAUUGGAGCCAGAAGUUGUUGAUGACAUACCAAGAAAACCAUUUCAAGCUUGCACAGUCGAUCAAUUUGCGGUCACGGCACCGUGCAUUGAAUCUCCCGUCUGUUAUUUGUACCUCAAGUUAAUCGGCAAUGAUGAUUGGCGGCCAGGAUAUGCACAGAUCGAGGUGCUUGAGGGAUCUCACCUUAGCUCCAAUAACUUCUAUUUUCGGCGAUAUUUGCCUAGGCUUGUUUGGCAUGGUUCAAAUGUAUGUGAUAGUGAGGUUACUCCUUUUGGUCUCAAGAAGAAAAGAAAGGUUCAUGUGGAUAAUCCAUGAGUAUUUAUUUUGAUUAAGUAAAUAGAAAUGGAGCUAAUAAACCCCUUUACUUCAA